CAACAAUUGGUUGUCGAGAGUUUUUAUUCGGGGUGACGUGCAACCCUUCUGCCACCACGUAUGUGAUACGUCCGCAGCAGGUGCAGAUGACAUGCAGGAAGGUUGCCACGGCAAUCCCGAGCUUGUCCCGACACAUUCCAACCUUCAUUCAUGAAUUCAACUUUCUUCCUAUCAGUUGAACUUCUGUUUCGCACGAUGCUCACUCGGCUCGGUCUAUACCUCCUGGCUCUGUUCUCUCCCGCUAGUGGCGAUAGCAUCCACCAAAGAACUUAUUUCUACGUUGGGGGAAACUACUCGGUCACUGAGAAUGGCGAGCAUGUAUACACUAAUCAGAUCUAUGUCGAGAAAUUGACCCCAGUACAAGUGACUCAGCCAUAUCCGAUUGUUUUUAUACAUGGCCAGGCCCAGACAGCGACAAACUGGUUGAACAAGCCAGACGGCCAGCCAGGAUGGGCAUCGUACUUCCUUGAUAAGGGCUACGAAUGCUACCUGUUCGAUCAGCCGUUCCGUGGCCGCAGUCCCUGGCAAAUCUUCAACGGUCCACUGGAGACGUACUCGGCCGAACACCUGCAACGAUACUUCACCGCGCCUGAACGGUAUGGGCUAUGGCCACAAGCUUCCCUGCACACCCAGUGGCCUGGGACUGGGGUCAUGCGUGAUCCCAUAUUUGACUCCUACUACGCCGGUGCUGUGCCAUUUGUCAGUGAUAAUGUGCUGCAGCAAACUGCCAUGCGCGACGCGGGCGCCGCCCUGCUGGAUCGAAUUGGCCGGCCAGUUAUUUUGAUGGCUCAUUCGCAAGGCGGAAUCAUGGCAUGGCUACUAGCCGACCAACGGUCCAAUCUGGUGCACUCGAUUGUCUCCAUCGAGCCUGGUGGUCCACCGUUCAGCAACGCAAUGUUUGGAAAUACAACUGCCCGGUCAUACGGGCUGACAGACAUCCCCAUUGCAUACUCGCCGCCGGUGUCGGACCCGAGCACAGAUUUCUCCACCACCAUCUUGCCGUCCAACUCGUCAAUCCUAGCAGACUGCAUCAUUCAGGCAGACGACCCCCCUGCGAGGCAACUGGUGAACCUGAGCAAGAUUCCCGUGCUCUUAGUGACGACGGAAGCAUCAUACCAUGCGCAGUAUGAUUGGUGCACGGUGAGGUUCUUGCAACAGGCCGGAGUACAGGCUGAACACUUGCAGUUGUCAGAUAUUGACAUCCAUGGUAAUGGUCAUAUGGUGUUCCUAGAGGAGAACAGUGAUGAAGUUGCGGCUGUUAUUCAUCGCAGGAUUGGACAGUCCGAUGACAUGGAUGGCAAAGCCGAGCUUUGAUGUGAUCUCAGCAAGAAAAAUGGGGCUUGCCUGAAGGGAGGAGUCUCUCAGAGUAACCUUGAAUCUUCAGGUAGAGUGCCCUCAUCUUGUCCAGACCAAGCUGUUCAUAUUAUGGCUACGAGAAUCAGCAACCGUUUUACCAUAAUUCUCUGAGCCUUUGGCAUCGGCGCGCCUGAAUUGAUUGCCGGUGGAGUUCCCAGAGAAUUGGUACCUGGGGCAUAAAGACUGUGCGACGCAUGGGCCUCUCUCAACGUCAACGUCCACGUAAGCAAAGCUGUAGGCGAUAACUAGAGAGGGAAUCGAUCUGUCAAUGAAUAGAAUGCAGAUUAAUGAUCCCACUGAAAUAAACAGAGAUAAAUGCCGGGCUUCAUUACUAGUUAUCAAUAUGCAGCGAUAGUACAGUAUGAUGCUCCCUG